AUUUACUUAUCGCAAUAAUAAUUCGCAAUUAUAAUUUUAAAAAUAGUGUAGAAUAACCAAGUGUGGUACACGCGGUGUAUUUCGAAGAAUUACGAACGACUCGUCGGAGAUUGAUCCGGUUAGCGGUGUCGCGGGUUGUCGAAUGGAUCGAAACAGACCUAAAGGUUGUGAGGAUACACAGAUACGAAAAAAUAUCUGUUGCUUUGAAAAACCCAUUGAGGAAGGUUACGCAACACCAUUGGUACAGUUAAUUUACAAGAUCACACUUAAGGACUGUUGUAUUGCCUUUAGGAAAUUCUUGGAAAAUAAGAAAAAUGACAAAGACAUGGACUAUUCUGAUUUUCACUGAUGAAGAUUGUGUUGAAGUAGUUCCAUCAAGUUGGAUACUAAAUGACAAAUGUUAUUGGCCGACGCUUACACCUGACAAGUUGAAAGUUGCAGUAAAAAAUCACGAUGCACUUGAUACUUCUUGGCCUUCAUAUCCUAUUCGGCUUAUACGAAAUGGAACUUUUUAUGAUUAUUCAACAGCAGAAAAAAAGUGUAAACGGGCGGAAUAUUCGUCCGAUGUAAAUUCUGACAGAUUUAAACAGAAUGAAACAGAAUCUGACAGAAAUAAAAGGGAAAUAAUAAAAAAAACGUUCGGCUCUUCAUUUGAUAAGGAUAAUCUAUCAUCAUCAGACGAUAAUAAUAAAUUGCCGACUAAAUUGCCGACUCCUCCACAUUUAACGAAUGACACCAGUACUUUUAUAAGUAAAAGAAAGCCGAAACAAAAGAGUCAAGCUACUAUCUACUAAUAACGAUAGAAUUCAAAAUGAGAAAUUUGAAAGAAAUUUAUCGAUUGGUAAAUUAUUUUUUGUAA